AUGGAUUCCGUCUUACGUGGAAAGCUCGCUGAGCAGAUGAGCAGAGCGGAGAAUGAGGCAUUGCUGGCUGGAAUGGAAAACACUUACCAGUUGCUAAGGCAGAGUGGUUUGAUGUAUACCAUUCAGAUAUCCCCAGCUUUCGUCGGCUGCCAUCCUCAGAACAGAGAUGGAAUCGGCGUGGACCAGCAACAUGUCCAUUCUUUGGUGGACAAGUUCCAAGAGUCUGGCUUCGUGAGCUCCGCUGGGCGCUAUAUGGCCGUGGAAGUGGAGCCUGGAAAUAACACUGUGAAGGAUUUCAACGAGGAAAUGGUUGCCAAGAGCAACGGCCAGCUCGCACCCAUCAAGGACACCUUGAAAUACGCCUCCAUCAGCGGCUCGCAUUCCAAUCAGGCUCUUCGCCUGUGGCGCUAUGCGUGCCAGCACAAUGGCAAGCCGCUAUCCAUCGACGCCUUGCGCGUUGAUGAUGCGGCGUACGCAGAGUGCGCUUCAAGUGGGGUAAUGUGGCAGGUCAUUGACCACGCAGUGGUCCAAGCAUUCCCACAGUUUGUGGGUCUCUGCCAAGCAGCCUGCAACAGUGUGCAACAAGUGUCCCAGGUCGAGACGGAGUUUCAGCUCAUGCACCGGCUGAGGCAACACGUGGGGGCAAAGGGAGAGCUUCCCCCAUAUGCUGACAUCGCCCCAAGCAUCUUAAGGUCGCAUCCACCCAACCCGGACGUGCUGCCUUAUGUCUACAAGUUCAUGAGCAGGUUUGGAGAAGCCUCAAUGAUGAAGAACACUGAGUCCUUCGUGGCCGCGUUCGGCUCAGUGAAAAACCAAUUGGGGGCAAGUGUCUGGGAUGCAUUGUCACUGGACGCCAAGCACAAGAAUGAGGAUUUGGUUCUUUGGCGCCAGGCGUUGCUGAAAACUAUGAUGACCUGCAAUGACCGAGUGGUUUCCGUGGGAGACAUCAAGCGUAGCCUCUCCAACGCCCAGAUGCUCACCAAGAUCAUUGUGUUUGAAAAAAACUUGUUGACAUUGAAGAAUGAGAUGCCGAAGUUCAAGCUGACGGAAUUCCAGAAAAUUGCAGGCCUUGGCGCCUUUGAGGUGCGGUGUGUGAUGUUCGUGCUCCAAAAGAAACCCAAGGAUCCCGAUGCACAGUUGACCAUGCCUGUGGAGUCCGUUGAGCAUGCAAAGACUGCAGCGAGGCUCAUGGAGAAGUUUGCCAUUGGUGACUUGCUGGUGAGAUCAGACGGUGAGGGUGGGAGAAUCCUCGCCAUGACCCCCCUUGAAUUGAAGAUGCAGGGUGAUCAAGGUGAGUUCGUCCUCCAGGCCGAUGAGGUGUUGAACUCCUCAGAUUGGAAAAAGCAGAGUGAGCCCAAGCCUCGUGUUCCUGUGAAAGAUCCGGAUCUGUGGCAUUCCGUGCUUGCAGCUACGGAUGUCAAGGCUCGAGCGCAAAUCCGUUUGUGGGAAGAGGGUUACAAAAUGACCCCAAAGUCUGAUGACUUGUCACUGUGGGCCAAGCCCAAGGGCGUCAUAGUGACCAAAGACUUCGGCAAGGGCAAGAUUGUUUUGCCAGCCUUGACCAAUCGGAUCGAACUUCUCAUGACCACUGACGGCAAAACUCCACUCAGUGGUUCGUACUUAAUGCGCGACGAGAAGGUUCAGGGGAAGAAGUGUCGUCUCUACGUGCUGUCACCUGCAGGGUGCAGCAUUCCUUUCUGGCUGUUGGCCACUACCACUGAGUCAGAUGAUUCCAACAUGUCGCUCCAGUACAUCAAAGGCAUACCGUGUGCCAAGAGCACUCGUGACAUUGAAAGCGGUGAAGAGCUAGUGCUUUUGAAGGAGAAGACAGAGAAAUGCUUUGCGCCUCUGUCCUUCACCGAUCCUGCACCCCCGCCUGCAAAAAAGAAGAAGGCCUCGGCCUGA